AAACCCUCCUCUGCCUAGCCACUAGAGAGAGAGAGAGAGAGGCGCAAGAGCUGAAGGAGAGGGGAAGGAAGUAAGUAAAAAAAUGGGGAAAACAAAGAAAGAAGAUCUGAAUCAAUUUCUUAUCACUCAUCUCAACACAAUCUACGAUACUCUCCAGUUAUUCGACCGAACAGCAUCUCCGACAGAGGAUAAAGUGAACUGGAACGAUGUUCUUCAGAUGUCUGAUCACCUCUCCAAACAAGCCACCAUAGUGGGAAUGCUGUGGAAUGGAGGAGAAGCUCCAAAAGGUGAAUCACUUAAGGAGACUAUGGACUCUUACUUCAACGCUCUUCAAGGCUUCUUACUCUGUUGCCAUGGUAGCACUGUUGGUGCUGGCCCAACUCUUUCUUCACUCAUACAUGUCUCUGUGAAGAAGAUCGUUGAUUCGAGCUUCAGAUUGUUGCAAGGCUCUGUCUCCUUAUACGAGGGAUCAUAUGAGAAGGAGAAGAAGCCGUCUAUUCCACAGCUUUCAGGAGCAGUUUGGGAAGCAUGCUCGAGUUUCAAGAAGGUUCCUGCAACAAACAUCACUGCCAUUGGGAGGGCUAUUACUCAAGUUGCUGUUUCCAUGAAGGAUGUUCUUAGGGAGAUGAAAGAAGUCAAACCUGCUUCACCUGAGGGUGAGGCAUCUUGUGAUGACGACGAUGAUGAUGAUGAUUUAGGGAAUGAUUUGUCUCCUGAAGAAAUGGAAGUUGCUCAAAUGGUAGCUGAGAUUGUGUCUGAUACGAUCAUGGUGAUAAAAGAACUCAUCCGAGUUAUCACCGGGAUGAUCAAGCUGGAGGAUCCCAAGGAUAACAGUGGGUUUGUGGACUCGCUUGAGAAGCUGCUGAAGCUGUGCAAAGGAACUGGAGAUCAGAUCGAUGAGAUUGGAGCUUGCGUUUAUCCUCCACAGGAGAUUGUCAAGAUGAAGCAAGCGCUGAAGAUAAUUCAAGGAAACCUAAAUGAAGUUGAAGCUGAAGUUGAGGGUUUGAAGAACUCUUCAGAAGCAUUUACAGGAGCUUCCAGGAAGCUGAGGAACUCGAUGAAAGACAUGGAAGCUGUGCUAGACAAGAGAUGUGAGGAUGAAGUCGUUGCUGAAAUGCAGAAUGUUACUCUCGGCAGUUAGAAGAAAGUUUGGGGGGGAUUUUCCAAGGUUUGUUACAAUUUUGUGUGUGUUUUCUUACCGUAAAGUCGUGGACUUUAUAUGUUCUUGUCGGAAAGCAGCAUGUGUCUUUUUUAAACACUCAUGUAAUAUGUAUUGUUCAAUGUGUUGCGUUACAUUUAUUAGAUUUUGCUUUCGUAUUUGGAACAAUGAGAACAUCAUUUUUUGGGAAAUUAGAUAUCGUGAAUAGAUUUGGA